CAGCGGCGGCAGCGUGGAAACCGGCGUUGGCUGGGGGGUUCGGGCCGCGGGGGGCAGUGCCAUGCACAAGCACCAGCACUGCUGUAAGUGCCCCGAGUGCUACGAGGUGACCCGCCUGGCCGCCCUGCGGCGCCUCGAGCCUCCGGGCUACGGGGACUGGCAGGUGCCAGACCCCUAUGGGCCAGGUGGGGGAAAUGGAGCCAGUACGGCAUAUGGGGGCUACAGCUCGCAGACCCUGCCUUCGCAGGCGGGGGCCACCCCCACCCCACGCACCAAGGCCAAGCUCAUCCCCACCGGCCGAGAUGUGGGGCCAGUAACCCCUAAGCCAGUCCCAGGCAAGAGCACUCCCAAACUCAACGGCAGCGGCCCCAGUUGGUGGCCUGAGUGCACCUGUACCAACCGGGACUGGUAUGAGCAGGUAAAUGGCAGCGAUGGCAUGUUCAAGUAUGAGGAGAUAGUGCUGGAGCGGGGCAAUUCCGGCCUGGGCUUCAGCAUCGCAGGUGGCAUUGACAAUCCCCAUGUCCCUGAUGACCCUGGCAUCUUCAUUACCAAGAUCAUUCCUGGUGGAGCAGCUGCCAUGGACGGGAGGCUAGGGGUGAAUGACUGUGUGCUGCGGGUGAAUGAGGUGGACGUGUCAGAGGUGGUGCACAGCCGAGCUGUGGAGGCGCUGAAGGAGGCGGGCCCUGUGGUGCGGUUGGUGGUGCGGAGGCGACAACCCCCACCUGAGACCAUCAUGGAGGUCAACCUGCUCAAAGGGCCCAAAGGCCUGGGUUUCAGCAUUGCUGGGGGCAUUGGCAACCAGCACAUCCCAGGAGACAACAGCAUCUACAUCACCAAGAUCAUUGAGGGGGGUGCUGCUCAGAAGGAUGGCCGCCUACAGAUCGGGGACCGGCUGCUGGCGGUGAACAACACCAAUCUGCAGGAUGUGAGGCAUGAGGAAGCUGUGGCCUCACUGAAGAACACCUCUGAUAUGGUCUAUCUGAAGGUGGCCAAGCCAGGCAGCCUUCACCUCAACGACAUGUACGCACCUCCUGACUAUGCCAGCACUUUUACUGCCUUGGCUGACAACCACAUAAGCCAUAAUUCCAGCCUGGGUUAUCUGGGGGCUGUAGAGAGCAAGGUCAGCUACCCUGCUCCUCCUCAGGUUCCCCCCGCCCGCUACUCUCCAAUUCCCAGGCACAUGCUGGCUGAGGAGGACUUCACCAGAGAGCCCCGCAAGAUCAUCCUGCACAAGGGCUCCACAGGCCUGGGCUUCAACAUCGUGGGAGGAGAGGAUGGAGAAGGCAUUUUUGUCUCCUUCAUCCUGGCAGGAGGCCCAGCUGACCUGAGUGGGGAGCUGCGCAGGGGAGACCGGAUCUUAUCGGUGAAUGGCGUCAACCUGAGGAAUGCAACUCAUGAGCAGGCUGCAGCUGCUCUAAAACGGGCUGGCCAGUCAGUCACCAUUGUGGCCCAGUAUAGACCGGAAGAGUACAGUCGCUUUGAAUCGAAGAUACAUGACUUGCGAGAACAAAUGAUGAACAGCAGCAUGAGCUCUGGGUCUGGGUCCCUCCGAACAAGUGAGAAGAGGUCCUUGUAUGUCAGGGCCCUGUUUGAUUAUGACCGGACACGGGACAGUUGCCUGCCAAGCCAGGGGCUCAGCUUCUCCUAUGGUGACAUUCUGCAUGUUAUUAAUGCCUCUGAUGAUGAGUGGUGGCAGGCAAGACUGGUGACCCCACAUGGAGAAAGCGAGCAAAUCGGUGUGAUCCCCAGUAAGAAGAGGGUGGAAAAGAAAGAAAGAGCUCGAUUGAAAACCGUGAAGUUCCAUGCCAGGACGGGCAUGAUUGAGUCUAAUAGGUCGAUCAAAACGAAACGUAAAAAGAGUUUCCGCCUCUCUCGAAAGUUCCCAUUUUACAAGAGCAAAGAAAACAUGGCCCAGGAGAGCAGCAUACAGGAACAGGGAGUGACAUCCAACACCAGUGACAGCGAAAGCAGCUCCAAAGGACAAGAGGAUACUAUUUUGUCAUAUGAGCCAGUGACUCGGCAAGAAAUUCACUAUGCAAGGCCCGUGAUCAUCCUGGGCCCAAUGAAGGACAGAGUCAACGAUGACCUGAUCUCAGAGUUCCCACAUAAGUUUGGAUCCUGUGUGCCACAUACUACGCGGCCUCGGCGUGAGAAUGAGGUGGAUGGGCAGGAUUACCACUUUGUGGUAUCUCGAGAACAAAUGGAGAAGGACAUUCAGGACAACAAGUUCAUCGAGGCAGGCCAAUUCAAUGAUAAUCUCUACGGGACCAGCAUCCAGUCCGUGCGGGCAGUUGCAGAGAGGGGCAAGCACUGCAUCUUAGAUGUUUCUGGCAAUGCUAUCAAGAGGCUGCAGCAAGCACAACUUUACCCCAUUGCCAUUUUCAUCAAGCCCAAGUCCAUUGAAGCACUUAUGGAAAUGAACCGACGGCAGACAUAUGAACAAGCAAAUAAGAUCUAUGACAAAGCCAUGAAGCUGGAUCAGGAGUUUGGAGAGUACUUCACAGCCAUUGUACAGGGUGACUCACUGGAAGAGAUUUAUAACAAAAUCAAGCAAAUCAUUGAGGACCAGUCUGGGCACUACAUUUGGGUCCCAUCCCCUGAAAAACUCUGAAGAAGCCCCUCCAUCCUUUCUCUUGUGAACAGAAGAAGUCAAGCCCCUCUUCCCUCCUCCCUCUUCAUUCCUGACCCCAUGGGGAGAACAAAUGACUACUGUUCUUGUCCCCUUUUUUAGAUAUGUCAAAAAAAAUUGAGUUUUCUAGUCCUGUUCUGUUUUUUAAAUUUUUGUUUUGUUUGAGUUUAUUUUGGGGGGACGAUGCCAUCUCACUCAUCAUGUGACUGUGCCCAUUCCUGCAUGGACCUUUCCCAAGCGCUAGCACAGGUGCAAAUCCUUCAGAGUCAUUGUUUUCAUAAAAAUUGAGCAGACACGAAGAGAAGAGAGGAGAGGAGGACUGAUGGAAAGAUAGACUCUGGACAGCCACACAGCUUUGACGUGAGCUCAACGCGCCUCGCGAUGAGGUGCUCCUGGCAUCUCUGCCUAUCUGUACUGCUGCAUGCAGUUCUGUAUGGUGUGACAUCAUGGUGACAGAAAGUACCUUAUUUAUAUACAGAUAUAUAUAUAUAUAUAUACACAUAUAUAUAUAUAUGUGUGUGUAAUUUAUCUAAAAUAUAUAGAAAUUAUAUAUAUAUAUUAUACACUCAGAUUAUAUAUAUAUAUAUAUAUAUAUAUAUAUAUAUAUAUAUAUAUAUAUAUAUAUCUUACACCUUUGGACCAGAAAACCUAUGGAGACUUCAGCAAUGGUACUGUGCUAUUAGAGAAAUGCUUUAAUUUUCAUAUUCCAAUCAGAUGGUAUCUUAUACCCCAACUGGUUGGGGAGGGAUUGAAAGUGGUAGUAAGUGCUGUACCAAGGGCCCUCACACUUGGUCAUUCUCUUGAGAGCUGGGGUUUUCUCUGCAGGGGACCAGUGGAGGCCUGCAAGAGAGGGCUUGGCCUGGGCCAAGAGGCCUGGAGACUUGACCGGGAAGCAGCUGCUGCCCCUGAGGAGCAGUCAGCACUGUGUAUGGAAAGAGAGAGAAUGGCUAACGAUACUCCAUAUUAAAUUGCCUAUUGUUUUUGCCACCUGAUGUGUCUGCAUGAGAGAUUUCCUUUUUGUUCAUUUUUAAGCUGCUGUUAAACCAAAACCAUGUUGUGCUACUGUGUCAGCCUUUUCAUUAUUCCAAAUUUUGCUUUUACUAUUUAAGUGAAUGCGUAGAAUCCAGUUUGACAGUGUUCUAAUGGCUCAUGAUGUUGUAGAGUCGCCGGGGCCUUGUGACAGAGAAGGUGACUGGGCUAUCGAAUCAGCAGGUCAGGAAGUGGGGGCUGGUGAGAAGUGAGAGUAGGACCUGGGGCUCUGCAUUGCAAUGUGGCCCUUUACUCACCUGCCUGGGACAUGGUGGGCUCAGCUGAGGCCCCCUCAUGGGGCCACUGACAGGGAUGGAGUUGCUUGCCUUCCCGUUCUAUGCUGGGACAGCACCGGCCUUGGCCAGCCGUGUAAGGAGAAGUUGAUUUGGUUUUCUUUUGCAGCUGCUUCAUAUGCUCUACUCUGGCCCCCUCACCCACAGCUGGUAGCUUACUGUUAUUUCAAGGAGGAAGCCCACUUUCAUGCUGUCACUUUGAGCUGGAGAGCCAAGAUUCAUUUGCUGGCAACACAUGAAACCUUGUUGCCCUUUCCCAGAAUCAGAUGGCAGUGAUUGUGGUCAAGUUUUUCUUUGACCACAAAUUCAGGUGACAGGUGUGGCUCAGGCCCCUCCCCACCAUGCUCCUUUGAAGCCACCGUGCCUCAGUCACCUCCACGCUGGAGGCAUGACACGGAGAAGAGAGUGAAUGUGCUUGGCCCCUUAGGGUCUUGUUUCUAGGCCAUUGUGUUAUGAGCAGUGCAAAUGACACCAUGUUGAAGACACUUUGAGUGCUACCAGCCAAAUUUAGGAAAUAUGGUAAUAGUUCUCCUACCAGCAUAAUGAGGGUAACUGUAAAGUGUGGGGCCCAGAUGAGGGUAAAGAAAGGGCAGCAGCUUUACUUGGGCCGUACACUGGAUUGAAGGCAGAGAGGGUAAAGUGAUGGCCGAUUAUGACUGAUGAGGAGGGGUGAGCAGGGAGUGUUGAUUUCUCUGAUGUUAAGUAACUGAUAUAAGUUUGAAUGAUACUUAACCCUCUACCCCUCCCAGGGAAGAAAAGCAAAGAUUCAAAGUAAGCAUGAUACUAGUUGGUUUACCAGUGUUCCUUCCAAGGAGACAUAUAUUUUUUAAUAAACGAUAGUUGCAAUGAA